UUUCAUCAAAGUGCCUCCAGCAAACACUGCACGAGAGGCCGUCUUCAUCUUUUGAUAGGGACCUUUAAUUUGCACCGCAGAAUGUCGCUCGCCCCGUCUGCAAAAUCUGCACCACGUGCAGAAAAGUGCACUUUUCAACAAGCUCGUGGAUGUUUCAACAAGUCCAUGGCUGGUUUGCGUUGGUAACUGGUGUCAGGUUGAGAUUGAGAGGUUUUGCGCUUUUUCUCAGUACAUCAUAACACUGCGUUUUUAAUUGAUUUUGCAAGAAGGGAAAAUUACGAUUUUUGAUGCAGUGCCCAGAUUUUUUUUUUAACUGAGCCAAUACAGCAAAAGCGCAGUAUGUCUCUGUGUGCAGCUCACCAUCAUAGAGGGCAACUAGCUGUGCAGCAGCACCACCUGGAUUAACGCUGAGAAAUUUCGAUGUCAGUACGAUUUGAUUAAAGGAAAGUGCAUUCAUCGAACAAAAAGAAGUAGAAAAAAAAUCAUAAUGGCCAAAAACACUUCUUUGUAUUUUCGAAUUGUAGAAGGAAGAAAUCUACCUGCUAAAGACGUCUCCGGUACUAGUGAUCCUUACUGCAUAGUGAAAGUGGAUAAUGAAGUUGUGGCCAGGACAGCGACAGUGUGGAAGAAUCUGAACCCGUUUUGGGGAGAGGAGUACACCCUCCACCUGCCCAUGGGGUUCCACAGCCUGUCCUUCUAUGUCAUGGAUGAGGACACGAUUGGCCAUGAUGAUGUCAUCGGAAAAAUCUCUUUAAACAAAGAAGCGAUUGGUUCCCAAGGCAAAGGGCUGGAUAACUGGAUGAACCUGACGAGAGUGGACCCAGACGAGGAGGUGCAGGGUGAGAUUCACCUGGGGCUGGAGCUGCUCAGAGACCCCCCCAGGACAGGACUGCGCUGCCAUGUCAUCGAGGCCAGAGACCUGGCCCCUCGGGAUAUCUCUGGGUCCUCCGACCCCUUCGCCAGGAUACUGUUCAACAACAGGACGGCCGAGACCUCAAUCAUCAAGAAGACACGCUUCCCUCACUGGGAUGAGGUGCUGGAGCUGGAGCUGGAAGGCUCAGAGGAGGCGGAGGGGCGCAGCCUCACUCUGGAGGUGUGGGACUGGGACUUGGUGGGAAAGAACGACUUCCUGGGAAAGGUGCAGAUCCCCCUGGAAUGCCUGCAGAGGUCCCCCCAGGUCCGGGGCUGGUUUCGGCUGCUGCCCCUAGGAAACAUGGAGGAUGAUGCAGGGGGUAAACUGGGAGCCCUGAGAUUGACAGUCCGUCUGGCGGAGGACCGCAUCCUGCCUUCAAUGUACUAUCAGCCCCUGAUUGACCUGCUGGUGGAGUCUGUGAUCUGUCCUGCUGAGGUGGAGGACACAACCCCACUAACCAUGCUAGAGGAAGUGACAACAGUGGAGAGCCGCCAGGAUGUUGCCAUGACGCUGGUCAAGAUCUACUUGGGCCAGGGGCUGGUGGUGCCCUUUCUGGACUACCUCAACAUGAGAGAGGUCAACCAGACCUCCGAUCCCAACACUCUGUUCAGAUCCAACUCCCUUGCGUCAAAGGCCAUGGAGCAGUUUAUGAAGGCAGUGGGAAUGCCGUACCUCCAUGAAGUCUUAAAGCCCAUUGUGAACAGGAUCUUCGACGAGAAGAAAUACAUUGAGCUGGACCCGUGUAAGAUUGAACUGAAUCGAACCAGGCGCAUCCCGUUCAAGGGCUCGGCGUCAGAGGCCGAGGUGCGGGAGAGCAGCCUGGAGCUCCUACAGGCCUACCUGUCCGACAUCAUGGACUCCAUUGUGGGCUCCGUGUUCCAGUGUCCCCCUGUCAUGAGAGUGGCCUUCAAGCAGCUUCACAAAAGAGUGGAGGAGCAGUUCCCUGAGGCAGAGAAUGAGGAUGUGAAGUACCUGGCCAUCAGUGGAUUCUUCUUCCUGCGAUUCUUUGCCCCUGCGAUCCUGACUCCGAAGCUGUUCAACCUGAGAGACCACCACGCAGACACACGCACAAGCCGCACGCUGCUGCUGCUGGCCAAGGCUGUGCAGAGCAUUGGGAACCUGGGCCUGCAGCUGGGCCAUGGGAAGGAGCAGUGGAUGGCUCCCCUGCACCCCUUCAUCCUUCAGAGUGUCAGCUGUGUGAAGGACUUCCUGGACAAGCUCAUAGACAUCGACAAUGAGAAUGUGUCGGAGGUGCACCAGCGCGCUGUGUUCCUGCCCUCGGUCACGGUGAAGGAAGGCUACCUGCACAAGCGCAAGGCCGAGGGCCCACAGCUCUUGACACGCUUUGCCUUCAAGAAGCGUUACUUCUGGCUGAGCAGCGAGACGCUGUCCUACGCCAAGUCGCCAGACUGGCAGGUGCGCUCCUCGAUCCCUGUCCAGCGGAUCUGUGCCGUGGAGAGGGUGGAUGAAAACGCCUUCCAGCAGCAGAACAUGAUGCAGGUGGUCACUCAGGACAAUGACGGGCAGCUUCACACCAUGUACAUCCUGUGCAAGAACGUGAAUGCGCUGAACCAGUGGCUGUCCUCAAUCAGGAAGGCCAGUAUCUACAAUGAGAGGAUGCUACCCUCCUUCCACCCAGGGGCUUAUAGGAGUGGAAAGUGGAGCUGCUGUCUGCAGUCAAACAGGACUGUCCUGGGCUGCAGCCGCACACACUCUGCCGUGACACUCGGGGACUGGAGUGACCCGCUAGACCCUGAUGCAGAGACCCAGACCAUCUACAGACAGCUGCUGCAGGGUCGGGACAGGCUCAGGAAGAAGUACCUGGAGUCUGCUGAUGCAGAAACUGCCAUGGACCAGGAGGAGAGGAAACACAGCCCCAGAAUUCGAUCAGACGGGGUGGAGCGGAGCAGAAACUUCCACGAGCAGAGGAUGGCAGCAGCAGCGCGUCUCCUCGACGUGGUUCAGGAUCUGGAGCGUGCUCACCAGGCCUUCGAACGACGGGAGAAAGAGGAGGCGGCCAAUGAGAUCCUGCCUCCUUAAGCCACGCCCCUCAAGGGGGUGGGGCAAGAGAUAGAACACAAAUUAACACCUCCCAUUCCCAUUGUGUUUUGUUUUGGUGGAUGUCUGUCAAACCUUGUCGCUAACGCUGUUUGUGUUUUAUUGGCUGGGUGAGGAUAAUUGGUCAGAAAGUCAUACAGGUUCGUACGUUACUUUGCAGGAAGUUACAAGGAAGAAACAGGAGCUUUUAAAUAAAUGUGUUACUGCAAGAAACAGGAUAAAAAGGUCUGUCAACUAUGGACUCAGUAACAUAAAAUAUCUAAGAUAUUCAGACAUUUACAGCGAUAGAGCUUGCCACAAUUUCAUCUAAGAGCAAACUAUGAACAUUCUUUAAGUUCUUCUUAAAUAAUCUAUAGCCUGUUUUCUUACAAUACCGAUACUUGAUUGUAUGAGCUAUUGAAGACCAUAUCUUUGGAUCCGUUGCAUUGAAUUCACAUGGACAUUUGUUACAAGCAGUUUUCUGCACUUCGAAUGUAUAAGCUUUUUUUCUCUCGAUACUAACAAGCAGGUAUUCCUCAUUCGGUGUAGCACAUUGCAGCUGCUGGUGGAGUAGUACUACAGUGCUCACAUUUUUAUAAUGAUAUCGCAAUGGUAUGAACUAAAACACACUGGUAAUCCAUUGCAGUACCAUAUCAGUAUCACUGUUCCAAACCUGUUGGCAUUGCUUCUAAUGCUGUGUUCUGCUAAUGGUUUAGCCUGGGCUUCUCCUGGAUAAUACACUGCCCCUAAAGUUAUAUUAACUAAUGUCUUCUUCUGCUUGUUUUUUUUUUCUUGGCAGUAUUUUUUACGGAUGCAUUUCUUACAUCCACAAGUGUUGCAGAGCUUAAUGGUUCAGUUGUGAUCUACCAGAUGUAGAGUCUAGAGCUCUACUGAGAGCACUGUUGAUUGUGGUCUACCAGGUGUAGAGUCUAGAGCUCUACUGAGAGCACUGUUGAUUGUGAUCUACCAGAUGUAGAGUCUAGAGCUCUACUGAGAGCACUGUUGAUUGUGGUCUACCAGGUGUAGAGUCUAGAGCUCUACUGAGAGCACUGUUGAUUGUGGUCUACCAGAUGUAGAGUCUAGAGCUCUACUGAGAGCACUGUUGAUUGUGGUCUACCAGGUGUAGAGUCUAGAGCUCUACUGAGAGCACUGUUGAUUGUGGUCUACCAGAUGUAGAGUCUAGAGCUCUACUGAGAGCACUGUUGAUUGUGGUCUACCAGGUGUAGAGUCUAGAGCUCUACUGAGAGCACUGUUGAUUGUGGUCUACCAGGUGUAGAGUCUAGAGCUCUACUGAGAGCACUGUUGAUUGUGGUCUACCAGAUGUAGAGUCUAGAGCUCUACUGAGAGCACUGUUGAUUGUGGUCUACCAGGUGUAGAGUCUAGAGCUCUACUGAGAGCACUGUUGAUUGUGGUCUACCAGAUAUAGAGUCUAGAGCUCUACUGAGAGCACUGUUGAUUGUGGUCUACCAGGUGUAGAGUCUAGAGCUCUACUGAUAGCACUGUUGAUUGUGGUCUACCAGAUGUAGAGUCUAGAGCUCAACUGAGAGCACUAUUGCUAAGUCACCAGGGUGUGAUGACUGAAACAGAAAAUUAUACAAAGUAAAUCCAAACAAGAAAAGGACAUUAGUCAAGAUAACUAAUAUUACACACCCACAAUGCACUGCUCUUAAACCCUUGUAUAAAAUGGGACAGAGCGCUUUGUGUGGGUACUAGUGUCCCUUUAUCUCUCCCUCAGGGGGGAGACCCUUAGAAAUGUAAAAACCACAUUUGUGAAAUCGUCUUUCUUACAAUAUUGUUUGUUAUAUACAUGUUGGGAUUUGACAUCACAGUUUAUGGAACCGACGAUACACUUCAGCUACAGGCUUUUCAAUGCUGUGCUUUUUCUUUAUAGAAAUCAUUAGAUUUUACGCAGCUCCAAAAUGCUUAAGCAAAGAUUUUAAUAGAACGAUGUGAAGCUGCCAUUUGUACAGUGGCAGCUCAGGGGAGACAUCUUUCUAUGUAGCUAACGGCAGUGAAAAGGUUCAUAUUGUUGUGCUGAUUCAUAAAGGGUUGAAGUCAGUCUGCUGGUGCCACCACGUAUUGUGAAAGUGUUGUCUUUUUUAACAUUGCAACUGGAUAAGCUUAUUAGGGAUAAAUAGGUUUUCUAAUGUAUCAGGACCAACGUGCAGUAUUGGUUCCAUCCACUGUGUUGCUAGUGAACAGCCUGUGCUUCAAUGGGAGCUACACCACAGCUAGCCUUAAGUGUCUCAGGAUGGGGGUGGCGGGGUGCAUGCUGGGAAAUGUAGUUUUCACCCAUCAGUAGUGGCAGUGUGUAAGUACAGUAUGUGAAAGGAAAGUGUGUACUGGUUUCUAUGCAUGGUGAUUGCUCAUUGCAUUCAGUCGUGUUUGUGUACAGACACUUAAUGGCUGCCCAGUAAAGUAUAGUAUUUACAAUAGCUUUGUCAAUGGGAUUUUACUCAUCGUUUUAUGAUAUUUUUUAUGAAUGGUGAUGUUGUUGCAAUAUUUUUUACUAACAUACUGUUUAGUAUGGAACAUGGGGAGCCAACAAACCUGAUAGAUCAAAGCAUCUUAAAAGAUCAAAAGAAGAAAUUACCAUUACCAGCAAUGGAUUGAGUUCAGAACAUUGUUUAGAAAUGGUUCAAAGUGAAAUUAGAAUGGUAUUUUAAGUCAGUGACCAGUAAAUUUAGUUAAAUAUAUAUUCAUAUUCAUUCAUAUUUUCCCACAUUUUGUUGUUGAGAAAUGAAUUACAACACCCAACUUUGCAGUAAGCUGAAUACACAGACACUGGUAUCCCAGUGCCAUUCAAUUUGAUCUCAUUUCACUGGCAAUUUAAACAGUGCAGUGCCCUGUGCUGUUAGUCCUUCAUCCUUCAUGAAGGUGUCUAGCUUUAAGUUGAAAACAGACGAUAUAAAGAGAUUUACAUCAGCCCAAUAUCUGGUAGCUGCAUAUCACAUUGUACAUACAAGACAGUCACAAUUAUGCUUCUAGGAAGGGUAAGGAAUAGGAUACCUAGACAUGUUGUUGAUGCUGAAAUGACUGGGAUCCUUUAAAACCCGACUUGACAGUUUUGAGAUCAGCCACUAGGACAAGCAUUGAUGGGCCAAAUAGCCUCCUCUCGUUCGUACAUUUUCUUAUGUUUUGUCUUAUGCUUUCAUGUGGGACAAUAUUCUUCAUUAUGCUAAACUACUGUAUGUUACUGGCAGCCAUUUGUAAAUAUAUAUUUAUACACUGUAUAUAUAAAUAUUGGAAGAUAUCAAUGUUUUACAGUUGUUGCUAUAUGUGCCAAUAUAUAUUUCUGAAAAGUUAUUGAUGGCCAAAUUAUAAUUGCCAAAAUAUAUUUCUAACACAAAGAUUUGCAUAUGCCUUGAUGUAAUUAAAUGUAUGGCUUUGUUGAACUGAAAAACUGCCGGUGGUGUUGUUUUUCAACAAGUAGCUACAUACCUACCCUACACAACCAAGUUAACCAACCUAACAUUCUUUUUUUUGCAUUAGUUUUCAAAAUGCUUUGUUUUACAUUUGCCUUUCAAUUUGAUGAUGUUUAUAAGUCAUUCUCAGUGGUUCUGGGUUCUUUUGGGUUUCUAUAUUAAGUCAUCAUCAUUUUAUUCUGCCUUACCCUGACUUUGAGCUUGCACUGAGAAUCUUAAGUGCCAGCACUAAGCAGCCCUGCUCAUUCCAUUGAAAGUGUGAGUAACUGCAUACCCCACCUACUAUACAUGUAUGUAUACAGAGAGAGUAAGUUGGGCUGGUAGGGUUCAAAGGUUAUGUUGUCAGAUGGU